AUGAAGCAGUGCCAGAGCUCCUACGAUUCUGCGGAGGUAGAGGAGGAACCCUACUACUGCUCACCGGUCUGCGCCCCAGAUGAUAUUCUCUGCUCAGGUUCAGACGCAGAAGACACCCCAGACGAGGUUCACAAGAAGCAUCUGCGUUACGAGGCAGCGGCCCAAAGAGUAGCAACAGGUCACUUACCGGCAAUACUAUCUGCGAGGUUGAAAGGGCCGUUUUCGAAGGAGGGGGGAUGGAUCAAUCCCUGGAGGUACAGGCCCAAGAAGAAGCAAGAUGAUGCAUGGUGGCAGCCUGGCUCAGAGGAUAUGCUGUUUACUCGCGCAAAUGUGAUGAAGAGAGCGGCAGCGCAUGGUUUGGGUUAUUUGACUCCAGCGGAUGCUCUUCGGUGGUGCAAAGAUACGGCAAAAGCUGAGGCAGAUGCUAUCAUCGAGACGAAUAUCGCAAGCGGAGCACUAGUGAGAUCCGUUGAGCGAGACGAGUUCAAUGACGAUGAAGAGGGGGAAGAGAACCUGCCCGCAAUAGAUAAUCGCCACCAAGUAUCAACGAAACACAGACCGAAAAGUUCGGGACCAGCCUCGUCCGCCACGCACGAUCUCUCGAUGCUCAAUAACUUCGGCAAAACACCACAUACUGAUGAAGUCCUGGAAGCAAAUACAAAACUCAUGAAGCGGGCAGCAGACUCACAGUGGCUUAAAGGAUCGUACGUAUCUAAACGGGCUCGAUGGGAGGGUGCAGCCGUGGAUUCGCCAACACCGCUUCCUGAUGUGCUGGACCGAAACCGGCGGAGACGCCAAUUACCUACCAAAGUUCCAGGCCUGGGAGGAGUGGGAGCUCAUUGCCCGUCUCGUUUUUCAGCGGGAUCCCCAGGCAUACCCCAGGGCGCUCGAAAACCACAGCUGCCCACUCAUCAGACUCCACAGCAAGCCACAGGGUCUAAGGUUCGGGCUGACCAUGAACCUGUUGCCAUCUUUGGUCUUGCAAACAGGUCAUCACAGCUUGGACAACUAGAUUUCGACAGCCAGGAGGAUGAUAUUGAUGAGCUCCAGAGCAUAUCACAGGAAAAUGAUCAUCGAACCACUUCGCGAGGGUCUAGUAUCAAAGCACGGAAGACUUCAAGGAACUUGGGAGACCGUUCAUUUUCUGAUCUCGAGCCGGAUGAUCUGAUAGCUAUAACACCUGGUACCAAGCAAAGUCACAGAAUGCAGUCCAACACCUUGCAAAGGUCACACACAUCGAGCUCAAGGCCUUAUGAACUACCAACACUUCCGCGAAGAAAGCCUCGCCCGGAUUUGAAUAGAUCUUCACAUGAAGAAGAAGGCAGCUUUGUUACGGAAGUUGCGCCGUCUUCUAGGAAUCUGGAAAAAUUUCAGUUUAGGAGAAGAACAAGAUACACCCAGCAACCGAAGAGCGAAGCGACCACGAGGGAUUCCAUCAAAAUAGAAGACGAUGAGAGUGUAGCCUCGGGCGAGUCGACACAGCAGGCGCAUGAAGCGCAGAAUAUACUAUCCAAACCAAUGGAAUUACCGGAGAUUCCUUAUACACAUCCCGUAUUACCAGUACAGCAUCCACUAGGCUUAGCUGAAGUCCCUCCGAUUCUUGGGAAAUCAGACAGCCAGACAACACCUCCCCGAAGCGACAAAUCUCUUAGCUGGGACAAGAAUCAUAAUGGACAAGCACCGUCUCUUUCACAGGCAGCGGAGAGUUCUCACCCUCAAUCUCCUCCCAAGUCCAACGCUUCUGCAAUUGAUACGCCUGUACCCAAACCUAAAAGGGCCGGUCCGCCCCGUUCUCCUUCUGUGCAAAACGAUAAUUUGACUACCCCAUUGCAAGAUCACACGAUUGCCAUGGAUUUCGUUCUCGGCUUGCCAGACAUACCCCCUGCGAGCCCGUGGAAAAUGCCUGGGUUUGACGACUUCAAUCUCUCCCAAAGGUUUAGAAUGUCUCUUCAAGGAUCUCCAAAACCGACUCCGCAAAAACGUCCAGAACGGGCUCAGAAGCUUCUGGGCAUCAAUGGCCUGGCCAAAUCACCGCCUCCAAUAAGACAUAUUCCCCGAAACCCCCCCGAGGAGUCUCCAAGGCUUCAGGCGAUCACCAAGUUGGCCGAGUCAUCGCAGAACAUGUACGAUUUCAGCACUCAAUCCUACAAUACCACUCCGCCAGGAUCUUUACCUGCUGCUGGGCAGACUCCCACGUGUCCCUUAAUCGGACUGGACACUAGAGAAACGGAGAACACUACGGGCAUAGAGGACGUGUCUACCGACGAGAUGGCCAGAAUCCAGAUAGAGCUGUCACAGAUCUGUUCCAGCUCUAGCCAUGGUGGGGGCCCUCAUAGCAGCCCGAGGCAGGCGUCUCAAGACUGUCCGCACGAAUAUUCAGUGGUGGUCGAGCAGCCUUCGAGGCCACAGUCAGACAUUAUCCAGGGCUCUACACCCACAGGCCGUGCCGGAUCUCAGUCAAAGGAGCAAUCUUCGGUAGAGAUAAAUACCGCCGGACCGGUCUUGGAAACUACUAAAAUCGUUACCGCUGGAUACGCCAUGUCUUCCGUAGAAAGUGACGGAGAGAAAUUUCAUUCGUCAUCCGUCUUGGUACCCCUGGCGGGCGAGGACACAAUUACCCCUCCAGAAUUAGCCUCAAAGGCAGAUGUGGAGAUCCCUGAGUUGAGCGACCAUAUCCAAGUAGAGUCCGAUGCCGCUGCCUUGCCAGAUGAAUCGCCCGAUCGCGAUGCCGAUGGACAGGAAAGAAACGAGCCCUCUGCCGAUUUUGUACAACCCGAGCCUGAUGUCAACGAACAUCAGACUAGACAAUUCGCUGUUGAUAUGGAGCCCGAGCUGGAUGUUAAUGGAGGUGCCGGUCAGCCCAUUUCCGGCGCCAGUCCACGUUCGGAGUCAAGCUGGGAAGGGUGCAGCCCGCAAAGCCCCUGGGCAGCGGAAGGCUUGAAGGCACUAUCGAUGAAUUCGGUUGAGCAGCCAGACCAGGACAUGACCUUCCAAGCACAUGAAGGAUACUCCCAGGAAGCAUCUGUUGCGCGAUCUGUUGCAACAUCGGACCGGGAGACAUUAGCCUCGGGCUGGGAACAUAUCCAGCGACCACGGACACCUCGUAGAGAUUCUACUGUAUCAUCGCAAAGCGAUAACUCCAAAGCCUGGGAAAUCACAGAGCGACCGCAGACACCUGACGAUAGCGGCAUCACACCUUUUGAAACUUUCGCUUCUCCAGCAAGAUCUCCCGAAAGAAGCACAGCUGACCCGGGCAAUAAUGACUUGAUGAAUACCCAGACCAUUGUGGAAGCAGCGUUGAAGAAUCCAUGGACAAGUGUUACAAAGAACACAUCAGUAGCCAAAGCCAAGAAGCGGGUAUCUUUUGGCGUCUUAGAGGAGGAGGAGGAUCCUACGGAGCACGAACAGACCCGGUUUGCCGUGCGAUUUUCUCCUCCCCCACAAGCAGCGCAUGACCAGCAUGAUGAAGAAGAUAUCUUCCACGAUGGAACAGUCAUAACAAAUACUUUCCGUAAACACUUCGUGGCGGUCACUCGACCAGGAGUAUUCAAACGUAUUUUACCAGAACACAAAGCUUCUCAGCCAACCAGCAGCCCCGGGCCAGAAGCACAAGCAGAGGCCUUCCUUGCAGCUGAUCACAACUUAUCUGAAGGGCGAAGCUGGUCGAUAACUUCCAAGCGUGUUUCCUCUCACUAUCUGGAGACUCGAGGCGAUUCAAACAGCAACAUAUGGAAUGAGUGCGAGAAAGACGACCCUAUGCUCAUGAACCCAUUCGCCAUGACUCCAAAGGUGAGGAGCACGAAUUCCGCAUCGAGUUUCAACAUGGACGAUGUACUCGGGGCUGCCGCAGACUUUCUAGGAGAUUGGUCUGUGGAUUCUGAGCUCAAGAAGGCCAAGGAGCCGCAGGAAGAGGCGCGAAGGGAGCCACGAAUGCGUGGGAGUACUGGCACAGGGCAUAGAAGGAGGAAGCUGUUUGGACUGGUGUAG